AGGAGAUUCAUUCGUAAACCCUAGAGCUUCGCUUCUCCGCAGCCGCCGCCGCCGCCGCCGCGUUCCACCACCUACCACCCCCACCGGAGAAGAAGAAGAAAAAGGAGAGGAAGAUGGUGUCGGGUUCGGGGCUGUGCACGCGGCGGGUGGUGGUGGACGCGCGGCACCACAUGCUGGGGCGGCUGGCGUCGCUGGUGGCGAAGGAGCUCCUGAACGGGCAGCGGGUGGUGGUGGUGCGGUGCGAGGAGAUGUGCAUCUCCGGCGGGCUCGUCCGGCAGAAGAUGAAGUACCUCCGGUUCCUCCGCAAGCGGAUGAACACCAAGCCCUCCCAUGGCCCCAUCCACUUCCGCGCCCCCUCCCGCAUCUUCUGGCGCACCGUCCGCGGCAUGAUCCCCCACAAGACCCCCCGCGGCGAGGCCGCCCUCGCCAACCUCAAGGCCUUCGACGGCGUCCCCCCUCCCUACGACCGCACCAAGCGCAUGGUCGUCCCCGACGCCCUCAAGGUUCUUCGCCUCCAGCCCGGCCACAAGUACUGCCUCCUCGGCCAGCUCUCCAAGGAGGUCGGCUGGAACUACCACGACACCAUCAGGGAAUUGGAGGAGAAGAGAAAGGAGAAGGCUAAGGUUGCAUACGAGAGGAGGAAGCAAUUAACAAGGCUUCGUGUCAAGGCUGAGAAAGCUGCUGAGGAGAAGCUGGGUUCUCAGAUAGAUAUUUUGGCCCCAAUCAAAUAUUGAUUGGCCUGAUUGUCAUCAAUUUUCUUUUCGCCUUUAUAAUAUUUCUGCUUAUCGGUACCAUGAGAAGUGAAAUGAUAUGUCUGUCGAAACAUGAUAAUUUUGUUCCAAUUGAAUACUAGAGAGUUAUAUUGGCUUGAUCUGAUUUUCCCUCUUGAAUUUUCAACCUUGAACUCUCC